CGGCCUCCCAACAGAAGAAUCAUAGUUUAAAGUGAGCUACGUUACGCAGCCGUACGCUCGGCAACACUUCACCAUUCUGUCAGUUCAAUCGUAUGUCCGUGGCCUGUGUUAAACUAAAAACUUGUUCGAAUGCGAAAAAGAGGCUGAUUUCCGCUCGGACGCUGCUUGUUUUAUAUUUUUGCGUUCCUAAGUCGAAGCGUUUCCGAGUAUAGUAUCGAAAAUUGUACAAAGUGCUAUUCCAUCGCGACAAUUUUGUGGUGUGGUUCUGGCAAUAUCCAGCAGUGUUUCCGUUUCCCAUUAUUGGAUGUGAAAGUGUUGCUUGCUUCGAGGUGAUUCAACAGAAAAAAAAAAUACAAGGGUAUCGCGAAGCUCAAGUGAAGUGCUGUGAAACUCCGACAUUUUACUUGCGCAGCACCGUAUGUAAGGUGCGUGAGUGAUCUCCGUAGAUUUGCCGUUCUGCCUCGACGGAAUUUUCCACACGGACAUUACCAGCGGACCGGAUUAUUCCAUCCUGGCCAACCGUGGCCAGCCACAAGUGCCAAGACUAACGACGCGCAACGUUCAAUGAGAUAAAAUGUCCUCGAUUACCAACAGUACAACGUUCUUCCAGAACGGCAACGCCGCCCAGUUCGAGUACGUACUCGGCCUGUACCCGCAGGUGCUAAAGCUGAAGGCAGACAACCGCGGCAUCGGCAAGAAAGCGGAAAAACUAAUGCGUCUGGACGACUGGUACCAGAACACGCUGCCGAAGUUGAUUCAAAAGCGCGGCAAGGAUGCCCACCUGCAGCACGAGGAGCUAGUGCAGACGAUGGAGUGGAAACAGGCGCGAGGGAAAUUCUAUCCCCAGCUGACACACCUGAUCAAGAUCAACACACCGCGUGCGGUCAUGAUGGAGACGAAGAAAGCCUUCCGCAAGCUGCCGAAUCUGGAGCAGGCACUGAACGCGCUAUCCAAUCUGAAGGGAGUUGGCAUCACGAUGGCAUCGGCCCUGCUGGCGGCCGCAUUGCCAGAAUCCGCUCCAUUCAUGGCCGACGAGUGCCUGAUGGCGUUGCCCGAUUUCGAAAGUAUUGAUUACACUGCGAAGGAGUAUCUGAAGUUUGUAACGCACAUUCAAACCACAAUGGAUCGCUUGAACAAGGAAGUUCACGGGCCCGCAGAAGAAGAAACCAACGGCGAGGUAAAACCGAAGAAGUGGUCAGCACAUGCCGUGGAACUGGCAAUGUGGGCCUAUGCCGUCGCCUUUGAUUUACAACCGGAACUACUCGCGGGUAUGCCGGAAAGCAACGGCGUAGUUCCAGCAUCGAACGGAACAGUAACCAGCGUAGCAGCUAACCAUAAUGAGAACUCACAAAACGGAGACCCUUCCGAUGACAGCAAUCUGGACAGCGAAAGUACCUCAAAGGAUGCGAUCACCACCAACGGAAAUGCCAACACAGACAGCUUAGAUGGUUCGGAAAACGGAAUCUCCAAUCAAGAAGGAGCUGAGGCAAGCGACACCAACGGAGACGUCCCUGCGGAUAGCUUAGACGACUGUACCAAGUCCGGCGACAGCUUAGAUGCAGUUCCAUCGGCAACCGUAGAAGAAACUGCUGCUGCCGUGGCCACACUGUGCACCGGCAAUGGAGAGCAAGCAGCGGAUAGUGAUUCACAGAGCAGCAACAGCCAGAAGCGCCCACUAUUCUGUGACGAAAACUCCGAAGAUCAACCGGAGCUAAGCGCUCCAAAGCUGCUGAAGCUGUAGGAUGACUGGACAGCAUGGAGCCGAUUAUUUUCUACUAUCACUUCCUCUAAGAUGGUUUUGCAUUAGUAUGUGAGCGGCAAAGAGCGCAUGAGCAACUGUUUGAAAGUGAAAGCACGGCAUGUGUAGUUUCUUCAUCCCACAACCCAUCAAAAACCACGCCACGUAUUUAUAACGCCUCUAUUAGGUUAGCAACCGGAAACAUUUAAACUGGGCUGCACAUGAAUCGAUAAACUGUUCCAUAGUUCAUCACAUCCCGCGUCCUACAUCCCCGAAAGCUAACAGCUCCCCACCCCAGCAUAUCCAACUACUCGUUGCCGAAGCCCAACAUUUAGUAUAAUGUAUUUUAUUCGUAAUUAUUUUAUUUACAAUCCAGCAUUAACAGAAGACUAGCGGUAGGCACAUAACAGCGGGCUAUUUUUUCAAUUAAUAUGAACAAAGCUUUCCAUUAAGUGACACAGAAAAACAUGAAAUAAACAGCAUUGUGGCCACAGCAUAAUGCGUUCAUCGAACGUUUGGAAAAUGGCACAAAAUUUAUGAAAACUGCAAACGACAAAAAGAAGAUUGUCAUCACGUUUUUCCCCCUACAGCAAAAUUUCUCUUGGGUAAGCAUUUUUUGUUAAAUCAACUUCUGCUAUUAAAUUACUGUUCGCUUCCAAUCACAACAUUUUUAACAAUCGAUAACCCGGUUAGUGUUCCGCAUUCUGGUUGCCCACCAGAUGUGUCUGUUUUAAUUUAUUUUUGCUUACAAGCAUCGUAAAUUACCAUUGUCAAAUCUCAAAAUUGUUUCGCACUCCCCCUGCCGGUAUAUGAGACAACUAGUAACGGCACUAUAGCACCGCUUAUUCGAAGUUCAUCCCACCCCAUAAUCAAAGGAACUGAAAACACUUGCUUUGGGUUUGUUUAGAUUUUAAUGUACAACGCAGCACCUUUUCUUCGAAUUAAUAAAAUAAAAAAAAAACAACGUUGUCACAUACAACCAGCCAGCCAGCAACAAGUUCAACUGAUAGAAUGUGACUUAUUAGACUGUAAGGCAAAAAAAUGCAAACCCCUUCAAAGCGCAUACAAUUAACCGGCUCGAUCGAUACCUUUACGCUGCAUACUAGACGUAAGCAUGAUUCUCACAAUGUGAGAUGAAGACAGCAAAGAAUAAAAAGUGGAAAUUUAACAAAGCAGGAUGAAUAUAUAUUUUUGAUAGUCUAUUUAUACUUAAUGUUUGAACCGUUUUUUUUUUUCUCUUUUGAACAACAAUAAACACAACAGUACAGACCCCAGAGCCAUGUACAAGGUAUUUAGAAUAUCCCAACAUUUUUACUUAAUCAGGACGAGUUCGGUGCUCGCUCUCGCUCUGGGCAUGAUGAAAAUAAAAAGAAGAAAUCCAUUUCGGCCCAAAACCGAAAUCCAAACAGACAAUUGGCGCCAAUCAGUUAAAGUGUAAGAAAUAACAAAACUAUUCGUAAGAUGAUAAUCAGUUGUAUCGUAAAGAUCUUCUUUUCUAAACACAUAAUAGAGUACGUGAAAAUAGUGGUAUAGUAAAUAAAAUUACAAUCAUAUCCAAAAAAUAGGCAAAAAUAAAGAA